GAGACUUCAAUGAGAAAACUGCUCUGAGAGACUUCAAUGAGUAAACUCCUGGGAGAGACCGCGUUGUGCAACAAGCGAUUAUCGAGCAAUCUCGUGAGCUGUCAGCGUUUUACUGAGUUCCCGUGGUUGGACCGUACCGGAGCGGGAGAAAGCCCCAGCGCGCCUGGUGUGAUCGUGAUUACGACAAUGGCGGCCUAUCUAACUCGCCCGUACCGUGCCAGUGUGUUGCUGUUUCUGAUUGCUGUGUCUCUUAGCAAAGUGAUAUCACUAAACGUUGUGGGAAAACCGGCUACACAGAGCUCAACCGCCGACUCUGAAGUGGCAGGGUUAGCUGUGGAUGGCGAUCUCAACACAUACAUGCAAACUGCUUUUAGCACAGCGGAAGAAAUGACAGAUCCGUGGUGGAGAUUGGACUUGGAAACUGUCUACUGCUUGAGAAGUAUCACCAUCUUAAACAGACAAGACAAUUUCUGUUACAUUCCUGAACGAAGAAACUGUGGUUACCGUAUAAUAGGUGCUAUAGUACGAGCAGGGUUGAAUCCAGAUCAUGUAUCAAACAGAGUGAUAGGCACAAUCACUGAAGAGCAAGCCAUCGAUACAACGCGACCCAUUGAGAUAAUAGCGAACCCAGUGGUCACCGCCCGUUACGUCAGCGUGGAUCUCCGUGGUACCGAUAGAAUCCUUCACAUGCGUGAAGUCAUGGUUGGAGAGUACUUGUAUACUGAAGGAGGAGACGGGGAGGUGGAUUUUACUCUCGUCACUAAUCCUGCUUUACUCGGCCAAACUGGAGACGACCAUGCAACCAUUGCAGCUUACAAAGGUCUCUACGGUAUCUCCGAUGAUGUCUCAUUCGGUCGACAAGUGACAACAGGAGGGAGUAACGACCUUCCGUCAGGGUCCAAUCAGCUACAACAUCCACUGCUGGGAUGUCGGGUUAGACAGCUCAACCUACCCGAAGAGGGUGGGAUCGACAGAACGGGUGUCUUCUACUGCGAGGCGACUAGAGCUGACAUGACAAACACGAGGAUACAGACCAUCAUUCUGCCUAAAGAUGGAAGUGUAGUCCAUAUACGUCCAGUUAAGCGAACUCAGAUAGCAAAUGUCGGAGACUCAGUUCGACUGGAGAUGCAACAUGUGAAUGCACCAAACAAAAACUAUAGAUGGCGGCAUAAUGGAAGAGACAUCCUCACCUCUUGGAAUGACCAGCUCAUUGUGUCUAUUGAUGAUGUUGCUGUGAAUGAUGGAGGAGUCUACAGCUGCUUUGCGUCUGACCAGGAGAAUCGACAACUGCAUGGCAUUAUGAGACUUAUUGUACGAGGUUGUUCUGAGGGUAUGUGGCGUCCACCGUCAUGCCUUAACACCUGUCGUCGAUGCUACAAUGGAGGUAUAUGUGAUGACAAGACAGGAACGUGUAUCUGCGCUCCAGGAUUCAGUGGAGAUUAUUGCCAAGUUUUCGGCCGAAAUGUUUUCGGUCAAAAUGCUAUUUACAGAUGCUCCGAUGAUUGCCGGGGUCGUUUGUUUUGUCUUCGUGAUCCUUACGGAUGCUCGUGUGCUGCAGGAUUCGCAGGACCAGACUGCACGCAAGAUUGUCCUGAAGGAACGUUUGGAGCUGACUGUAAGCAGACAUGCCACUGUGCACCAGGGGACACCUGCAGUAAGGAUACUGGAGAAUGUAGCAAUGGUGUUUGCGCCUCGUCAUACCUCGGAACAAACUGUCAAUGUUCAAUUCGUCCAGUGGAGGUCACACCAACCUCCAUCUUGCAGCGAAGCCUCGCUUUUUCUUGGCAAGGUCCACUAUGUCCAAACUUUGGCACGAUGACCGGGUUCGUCUACAAACUGACAGACGUUAAAUCUGGACCUCACGUGCCGCCACUGUUCAAUGCAAUAAAGCAAACAGUUACCAUCGAUGGUUUGAUGCCGUACACGGUGUAUAGCUUUCAAGUUGCAGCCAUCACCUGUGCAGAAACUACAAUGUACAGUGAACCUAUUAAUGUAACCACAUUGGAAGCAGAGCCAUCGGCGCCCCCAAAUGUCAACAUUCAGAACAUUGAUGACGUUUCAAUCACCAUCACGUGGUCACCACCCAACUCACCGAAUGGUAUCAUCACCAACUAUGACAUUACUUACUGGAAGUCGGUUGACGCCGGGACACAAACUCUGAGAAAUGACGUUGGUGUGUCGCCGCUCGUGUAUUGCGUCGAUGGUCUGGAAAUAUCUACAAGGUACCGCGUCCAGGUUCGGGCCAAAACCUCUGCAGGUGCUGGUCCAUGGAGCGACACGGUCACUGCCUUCACUCAAAUAGGUGCCGGUGCAACCGAUGCGCCGAACAAUGGACAUGUAAACGUAGCAGCCAUCAUUCUCGGGGUAUUGUUAGCUAUUGCUGUGAUUGUCAUCAUCAUCGGCUGCGUGGUGUGGAGGAAACGAAACAGCGACAGUGCUCCGAAGCUUGACGAUCAACUUAUCGAGCUUUCUAAUGUCAGACAUCCGAGCACGCAUGGUAUUGAGUCACCAAUCAUAGAAGACAUUGAAAGGGACAUCAACGAAGACAUUGGCCUACCAUCAUGGGCUACGGGACUGGAAAUCCAAUGGCAAAAUCUCACGAUUGAGGAUAAGGUCCUUGGCAAGGGAAUAUUUGGGGAAGUGAGAGCAGGCAGUCUCGAAAUCAGAGAAAUGUCCAAAGUAGCCAUCAAAACUGUCAAAGGUGCAACAACGACUGCUUCCGAAGACUUCCUGGUCGAGUUCAAGACAAUGUCUAAAAUCAAGCCACACCCGAACGUAGUUGGUCUGAUUGGCGCGUGUAUACACAAAGCCGUGUUGUACAUUGCUCUUGAAUAUCUUCCCAACGGCAACCUGCGUGACUACCUGAGGAGUACUCGCCCCCAGCAGCAGGUGACAAUGAAGUCAGAUGAUGGUGUAUCACCUCUGACUUCCUCCAACUUACUGACAUUCGGCAUAGAUAUAGCCAGAGGAAUGGAUCACCUCUCUGACACUGGGAUAAUUCACCGUGACUUGGCUGCGAGGAACAUACUUCUCGGGGAGGACUUGACUGCCAAGAUUUCUGAUUUCGGACUAUCACGGGGAGAAGACAUCUACUUUCAGAAAUCGAAGAACCGCGUUCCUUUCCGCUGGUUGGCCAUCGAGUCUUUGACCCGUCGGAUGUACAAGUCUAAGAGUGAUGUGUGGUCAUUUGGGAUCGUGCUGUGGGAGAUAGCAACAUUCGGAGCGACGCCCUAUCCAGGAAUUCAGAGCAAGUUGUUGGCCAAACGAUUGCAGGAAGGCUACCGAAUGCCCAAGCCGGAAAACUGCGCCGAUGAAAUCUACGAUCUCAUGAUGAAGUGUUGGCAAGCACACCCAAGCCAACGCCCUAGUUUUGCAGAAAUCACUGCGGCGCUAGAGAAAAUGAACGACCCAUCAGAUGAGACCAUGUACUUGAUACCUUAUGUCGACGUGAAUCACGUGAUCAAACCAGAGUUUGACGAUAACUAGAAAGACGGUACAAUACUGAAGGCGAAACGUCUUAAAGAGAAUAAUGCCUUUCGAUAUACCUUGGAGGUGCGAUUAAUAUAUUUUUUUUUUUGGGGGGGGCCUUGCGUUUGACCUAGUUUAAAAGCUAUGUGUAAUUGACACAACUGUUGCACACUACAUACAUUCAAUGUUUCGAAUAUUAAAGUAUGUGCUGAAAUACCUGAAAACAACAUUUAGUGCAUUUAUUAUCUUCUUUUUUUUACUGUCGUUUGAUAAAAACAGUAGCCCAGAUAGCUCACAUAUUACAUUAAUGUCUAUAAAAUUAAAGCACGUUGCUUGGAAAUUUUAUGCACUGUUUAAGCUGUAUAAACAUGCAUUGCUUAUAGAUGGCACCGCUGUUGGACGCAGUAAACGAUUUAUGAAAUGUAACCAUGAUACGAAUUCUGUAUAAUGCUACUUUAUUGCCAUGAGACAAUUGUGCUUACACGUUUAAUUAAUAAUAUACGUGUAUAUUUUGUACACGUAUUUUUUUGUAAAUGUUCUAUUACUUUAAAUUGGUACGAUUUAGGAUUUGAUUUAGAUAGAUAGGCCAUGAUAUUUAGAUACAUCUGAUAUAACUUGUUAGCUAUGAUCCGUUUAUUAUUCUUGAGUGUUGAAUCUUAUCAUGGAUCGGAUCCUAUCAAAGGAAUCUUUUCUGCUUACGAUAAACGUGUACGUAUACUCGGAUAAACAUAUCUCACGUAUCGAUCAUGAAUUAGAUAUUAAAAAUAUUAAUCAGUGUUAUGAACUAUUAUGAAUAAUUGUAUAAUACAUUUAUGUGAAAUAUUAGGCAGUAAUUAGAAGUUAUAUACGCAGUUACAGCUUUAUAAUCACGAUAACUGUUCUACAUGUUCGUUAUCCUUUU